AGGGAGCGGCUGCCGGCUUGCGGGGCGCGGCCGGCACUGGUGCCUGGGUAUUGGUGCGUAGCGGGGCCGGCCCUGCCCUGGGCCGAGGCAGGAGCAGGCCCUCUACAGCUUCACCCGCCCGUGAGGCCUGCCGAGGACCGCGGGGCGGAGCCAGGUUGUGCUGCCGCCGCCGGUCCUGACAGCUCUUGCCUCCUACUUCGCGUCCCGUCAGUGCUUCCUUUCCUUGCCCACCUCUCAGACACCGGUGCUGCUCGGGGUAGAGCUGCUGGCCCUCAGUUGAAGCCAAAGAGCAGAACCAAAACGUCCUCUUGUUUGACACAAUGGAUGAACAGUCACAAGGCAUGCAGGGGCCUCCUGUUCCACAGUUUCAGCCACAGAAAGCUUUACGACCUGACAUGGGCUACAAUACAUUAGCCAACUACCGAAUAGAAAAGAAGAUUGGCCGAGGACAGUUUAGUGAAGUUUAUAGAGCAACUUGGCUCCUGGAUGGGGUACCAGUCGCAUUGAAAAAGGUGCAGAUUUUUGAUUUAAUGGAUGCCAAAGCCCGUGCUGACUGCAUCAAAGAAAUAGAUCUUCUUAAGCAACUGAAUCAUCCAAAUGUGAUUAAAUAUUAUGCCUCAUUCAUUGAAGACAAUGAACUGAACAUAGUAUUGGAAUUAGCGGAUGCUGGAGAUCUCUCUAGAAUGAUAAAGCAUUUUAAGAAACAGAAGAGGUUGAUUCCUGAAAGGACAGUUUGGAAGUACUUUGUUCAGCUUUGCAGUGCAUUGGAACACAUGCAUUCUCGUCGUGUCAUGCAUAGAGAUAUAAAGCCAGCUAAUGUUUUCAUUACGGCAACAGGGGUAGUAAAGCUUGGAGAUCUUGGUCUUGGACGAUUUUUCAGUUCUAAAACCACAGCUGCACAUUCUUUAGUUGACAGCUGUGAUGAUCCCAUAUUCAGGCCAAUGCUAAAAGUGGGUACACCUUAUUACAUGUCUCCUGAGAGAAUACAUGAAAAUGGAUACAACUUCAAAUCUGACAUCUGGUCUCUAGGCUGUCUGCUGUAUGAGAUGGCUGCCCUGCAGAGUCCCUUUUAUGGUGACAAAAUGAACUUGUACUCCUUGUGCAAGAAAAUAGAACAGUGUGACUAUCCACCUCUCCCUUCAGAUCACUAUUCAGAGGAAUUAACUUCUGUCAACACCCUGAUACAAAGCUUCAAAGAAUCAGAGAAUUCACUUCUUAGUGUUAUUUCCAUAGUACAGUUUGCUGCGACAAUUAGUUAAUAUGUGCAUCAACCCAGAUCCUGAGAAGCGACCAGACAUAACCUACGUCUAUGAUGUAGCAAAACGUAUGCAUGCACACACUGCGAGUAGCUAAACAGAGAACAGAUUAUGAAGAAAUGAGUGCAAAAUGUUCAAGGAUUUUAAGCAUAUUUUUUGCCUGUUACAUAAAUGUGAUUAUUCAGAGCUGACUGACAUGCUACGAUUUGUAAAUCAAUUUAGACCCAAACUUUAUGUUGUUUUUUUUAAAUCAAUUUGCAAUUUUGAAACGUAGAUUUCAAUGUAAGAAAUGGAAUGAAUUUAAAACAAAGCUUAACAUACAAAAUAGUAGUUCCUAACAUUUUUAAAGGUGAAAUGAUUUUAGUGUAUUUUUCUCUUUAAAAUUGUAUUUUAUUGGGAUUCAAAAGUCUAAAUAAUCCUUAAGUUGCAGUUUUGCACAAUACUGAUAUUAGGCAUGUAACAUCAAAGCAAAAUAUCUGACACUUUCUCACCUUUUCAAUAACUUACAGAGGUGAAAAAUAAGCAUAAUUCAGUAAAUUUAUUUUAAUAUUUUUAUUUCCACAGAAACACUUUGAAGUUUUUAUUGUAUUUUAUAAUGUGGGUAGCAAUUUGCAGUUCUGUUUUUCAAGGUCAGUGUAGACAAAAAUCCUCAUUAUCUGUGUGGUUUAAAUGCAACUUUUAAUUUAAGGAAAAAGUUUGAGGGAAGUUGUCAGUCAGACACUGAGAAAUCUUUGUAUUUUGUCCUUUCCCCCUUAAGUUACAGUAGCAUAAAUCAACCCGGAGUGUUUGCUUUGAACAUUGGUGUGGCUGAUUUGAAGUCCAGCAUCCUGAAAUCUGAUCUCUGUGAGUAGAUGCACCUAUGCAGUAGUCUGCAAACCUGAUUAGGCCUGCAUAGUCAGAGCCUAAGACUUAUGCAAACUUCUAUUGUUUUUUUUUCCCUGUGCAAGCAUGUGUCUGUCUUAGCAGAUCAGAUUGAAAGAUAAGGGCUUUAAGUUACAACUCCCCAGGUAUUUAUGUUUGUUUCUGUUGUAGAUUUUGUUUUUUUAUAAAUCCUUUGGAUCACCUGACAGUAAUAUAUUUUAAAUUUCCUUUAAAAUACAUUUUUAAUUCAGAAACCUGUUGGCAAAACUAUAAUUGUAUCUUGUAAUACAAAUGUAUGCUUCAUUAAAUACAUGAUUUUUAUAUACUGUAUUUACCUGGUGCUGCUUCAUCUGUACAAUCUAUUUUUUUGCAGAUUAUAUUUGAAAAUAUCUUACCAGUAUUUUCAAUUUAAAAGCAUGUGCACAGUAUGUUGGUUAAACUCUAGUAUCACUCACUGUCUGUACAUGAAUGACUUAUUUUAUUGGCAAGUUAAAGGAAAUAAACACAGUACUUUUAUAUAAAAAAUGUUCAGGGAAGUUGAGAUCUGAUUCCUCUGAAUUUGAGAUCAUAUUUUUGGCAAACAUACCAAGCUAUCAAAAUGAAUCAUUGUUGUAAGAUUGACACAGAAAAUUCUAUUGAUAUCAGUUAUGUUUUUGAGUUUUGAAGUCAGUUAAAUUUUUAUUAUAUAACAAUAUUAGGGAAAAGUAAACUUGUAGUACUCAUGUGUAAAUAUUGGUCUGUAUACAUUCAAUUCACUAUGCAUUCAACAUUUGCAUCUUUGUUUCUCCAUAUUUCCUGUAAUAAAGUUUUCAUGGUCAGUAUGUGGCAUAAUGAA